CGGGGAAGGCGGCGGGGUGAACCGGAACCGGAAAUGGCUGCGAGGUGGCUGCUGCUGCUGCUGGCGCUCCUCGUCGCCCACGCAGCGGCUCUUCCUGAUUUCAUUAGGAUAGGUGGGUUGUUUCAUCCGUCGGACGACAAGCAGGAAGUGGCCUUUCGCUACGCUGCGGAGAAGAUCAACGCCAACCGGGACAUCCUGCCUAAGUCUCGACUCAGCGCCCAGGUCGAGGUGAUACAACCGCAAGAUAGUUUCCACGCUUCGAAACGAGUGUGCCAUUUGCUGCGAGGCGGUGUGGCGGCGAUUUUUGGACCGCAGAGCGCGCACACGGCAUCUCACGUGCAAAGCAUUUGCGACACCAUGGAAAUUCCGCACUUGGAGACACGCUGGGACUACCGGCUUAGACGACAGAGCUGCCUCGUCAACCUCUAUCCUCAUCCCACCACUUUGUCCAAGGCGUACGUCGAUCUGGUGAAGGCCUGGGGCUGGAAGAGUUUCACCAUUAUCUACGAGAACAAUGAGGGGCUCGUGCGAUUGCAGGAACUUCUGAAAGCUCAUGGACCUAGCGAAUUUCCUAUUACGGUCAGACAGCUGAGCGAAGGAUCGGAGUAUCGACCGCUACUAAAACAGAUCAAGAAUUCCGCGGAAUCGCAUAUCGUGCUGGACUGCUCCACCGAGAGAAUCUAUGACGUGCUGAAACAGGCACAGCAGAUCGGAAUGAUGAGCGACUAUCACAGCUACCUUAUCACUUCCCUGGACUUGCAUACCGUCGACUUGGAAGAAUUCAGACACGGCGGGACCAAUAUCACUGCCUUUCGAUUAGUGGAUCCGGAGAAGCCGGAAAUUCAGAAGGUAAUUCAAGACUGGAUCUACGGUGAGAAGCGCUAUAAUCGCGAACUCGAUAUGGGACAAAACAGCAACAAGAAUAAUCUCACAACUAUAAAGACUGAAACAUCCUUGCUGUACGAUGCCGUCCAUCUCUUCGCCAAGGCAUUGCACGAUCUCGACACGUCUCAGCAAAUCGAUAUCAAGCCGUUAUCUUGCGAAUCAACCGACACUUGGCCUCACGGAUACUCACUCAUUAACUACAUGAAGAUCGUGGAAAUGACGGGGCUCACAGGUAUUAUCAAGUUCGACCAUCAGGGUUUUCGCUCUGACUUUGUCCUAGAUAUCAUUGAACUGAAUAGCAAAGAAGGCUUGAAGAAAAUCGGUACUUGGAACAGUACCAAGGGUAUCAACUUCACGAGAAGCUACGGCGACGUUUACACUCAAAUCGUUGAAAACUUGCAAAAUAAGACUUUUAUCGUGACGACCAUACUGAGCGCGCCGUACUGCAUGCGGAAGGACUCAAGCGAGAAGCUCACCGGAAAUGCGCAAUUCGAAGGCUACAGCGUCGACUUGAUUUACGAGAUAUCGCGGCUGCUUGGAUUCAAUUAUACGUUCCGGCUUGUGCCGGACGGACGUUAUGGCUCGUACAAUAAGCAGACGAAGGAGUGGGAUGGGAUGAUGAAGGAGCUGCUUGAUCAGAAGGCCGAUCUCGCGAUCGCCGAUCUCACCAUCACGUACGAUCGGGAACAGGCUGUCGACUUCACCACGCCGUUCAUGCCUUUAGGGAUCAGCAUACUUUACCGCAAACCCAUAAAGCAACCGCCGAAUUUGUUCUCGUUUCUCAGCCCUCUUAGUCUCGACGUUUGGAUCUACAUGGCGACGGCUUAUCUCGGGGUCUCCGUGCUCCUCUUUAUACUAGCCAGGCAAACCGUGUCUGGAAUAAUUGAGUUUAGAUUCACGCCGUAUGAAUGGUACAACCCGCAUCCGUGCAACAAAAAUCCGGAUCGCCUGGAGAAUCGCUUCAAGCUCCUUAACUGCUUGUGGUUCACCAUUGGCUCCCUAAUGCGGCAGGGUUGUGACAUUCUGCCCAAAUUCAGCCCUUACGAGUGGGAGAAUCCCCAUCCGUGCAACGGGCAGUCCGAGGUCCUCGAGAACGAGUUCACCCUACUGAACUCGCUCUGGUUCACCAUAGGCUCGCUCAUGCAGCAAGGCUCCGAUAUAGCGCCGAAGGCCGUGUCGACACGCAUGGUCGCGGGUAUGUGGUGGUUCUUCACGCUGAUCAUGAUCUCCUCUUAUACGGCUAAUCUCGCGGCUUUCCUCACCGUCGAAAGGAUGGAUUCUCCAAUCGAGAGCGCCGAGGAUCUCGCUAAGCAGACGAAGAUCAAGUACGGUGCCCUCAAAGGCGGUAGCACGGCAGCCUUCUUCAGGGAUUCCAAUUUCUCGACGUACCAACGCAUGUGGUCCUUCAUGGAUUCGGCGAAACCGACGGUAUUUACGUCGAGCAACGUCGAGGGCGUGGAUCGAGUGAUCAAGGGGAAAGGCAGUUACGCAUUCCUGAUGGAAUCCACCUCCAUCGAAUACGUAAUCGAGAGGAACUGCGACCUUACUCAAGUCGGCGGUCUCUUAGACUCGAAAGGAUACGGCAUAGCCAUGCCACCAAACUCACCAUACAGAACGGCCAUAAACGGGGCCAUCCUGAAGCUCCAGGAGGAAGGGAAGCUUCACGUGCUGAAAACGCGCUGGUGGAAGGAGAAGCGAGGUGGCGGAUCCUGCAGGGACGACACCUCGAAAAGCAGCUCGGCGGCGAACGAGCUCGGCUUGGCAAACGUCGGCGGCGUCUUCGUGGUGCUGAUGGGCGGCAUGGGUGUCGCCUGCGUGAUCGCGGUCUGCGAGUUUGUGUGGAAGAGCCGGAAAGUGGCAAUCGAGGAGCGGAAGUCUGUGUGCUCGGAAAUGGCGAGCGAAUUGCGAUACGCUUUGGACUGCGGCAACGGGAAUAAAAAGCCGUCGAGGAAGGUACUUUGUCGACGUCAGAGGCAACACUCGAGCCUGUCGAUCGUCUUGGAGGAAGGCAGAUACGCGGCGUGCAACAAGUACAGGCACUUCAUCGGAAAAGCGCCUUUGACGUGGCUAUAUAUUAUAGUGGGACUAUUCGACCAAGAUGAAGCGGAUAUGAAGCAGAAUUCGGACAUCCAGCGGAUGUUCGAAUCAUCAGUGAAAGCGGUUAACAAAGAAAGGCAUGGAAACGAAGAACUCUUAAAUGUGUAUUUGGGAUCGGAAGUGACCGAUGUUGAAACAGACACACUGUUUGAGGUAUCAUUGAAAGUAUGCGAGUUGAUAAAAACAGGAAUAGUUGGGAUCUUCGGACCUGAAGAAAAAGUGACCGCAGAGUACGUGCAAAGCAUAUGCGAUAUAUUGGAAGUACCACACAUCUCCGUGCAACAGGAUUCUAGUGAAUCAACUCAGUCACGUGGAUUAAGUUUGAAUCUCUAUCCGCACGUGAGCUCGUUAUCACGAAUAUACGAUCAAUUGGUAACAGAUUUUAAAUGGAAGUCUUUUGCAAUACUCUACGAGAACACCGACAGUCUUAUUCGCAUGCAUCUUUUGCUGAAACGAGGGGACUCUCAUGGCAACUCUGCAUUUAUGUAUCACUUGGGUCACGGACUGAAUUAUAGGCAAGCGAUGCAAGAAAUCAAAACAUCAGAAAUAGAGAAUAUUAUCAUCGAUUGUUCGUCCAAGAUACUCAGUGAAGUUCUCAAGCAGGCUCAACAAGUUGGCAUCUUAUCUGAAAAAUACAAAGUGAUUGUAACAUCUUUGGAUCUGCAAACUUUGGAUUUAGAGCCAUAUCAGUAUUCUGGCGUCAAUUUCACCGGCUUGCGCCUGAUUGACCCUGAAGAUCCGAUAGUUCAACAAACUUUAAAGAAACAUAAGAAGGAAUGGGGCUUAGACAAUCCCUCGCAGCUACAAGUUGAACCCGCUCUCAUGUAUGACGCGGUACAAUUAUUUGCGAGGGCUUUCAAGCAAUUGGAAGAUGCCAUCAAAGGUGAUGUCAAGAAAUUGCCUUGUGAUGGUAGUGACAGAUGGGAACACGGACUGAGUUUGAGCAACUUUAUGCGAUCGACUGAAACACAAGGAUUAACGGGCCUUGUAAAAUUUGACCGAGACGGUUUUCGCAGUAAUAUACAACUAGAUGUUGUACGUUUGACCGAAAAUGGCUUGAAAAAAAUAGGUGUAUGGAAUAGUACAAAUGGAAAGAACAUUGAUUGGAUACCAGAACCUAAAGAGUCAAAUAUCGAAUUAAACUUGCAAAAUAAAACUUUUAUAGUUUUAAUAUCGCUAACAGAACCGUAUGGCUAUGUGAAGGAAUCACAUACGAACCUAAUUGGCAACGAACGUUACGAAGGAUUUGGUGUUGACAUAAUUGAUAGCAUCAGUCAAAUACUUAAAUUUAAUUAUACAUUGCAAGUAGAAAAGGAUUAUGGAGUUUUGAAUAAUAGAACUAAAGAGUGGUCGGGUAUGCUUGGAAAAAUUAGAACUGAUCAAGCAGAUUUUGCUAUUACGGAUCUGACAAUUACCGAGGAAAGACAAAUGGCGGUCGAUUUUACAAACCCCUUCAUGAACUUGGGUAUUAGCAUUUUGUUUCGCAAGCCAGGAAAAAAACCUCCUAGCUUGUUUUCAUUUCUAUCACCAUUUUCAAACGAGGUCUGGUCCUACUUAAUCGGCGUAUAUAUCAUAGUGUCUUUACUAUUUUUUGUAAUGGGGAGGCUAUGCCCAUCAGAAUGGAACAAUCCUUAUCCUUGCAUCGAAGAAGCUGAAGAACUUGAAAACCAGUUUACAUUUAAAAACGCGUUCUGGUUCGCAAUAGGCGCAAUUAUGCAACAAGGGUCAGAAAUCGCACCAAUAGGUAUCUCCACAAGGAUGAUGGCAAGUUUAUGGUGGUUCUUUUGCCUUAUUAUGGUGUCUAGCUACACCGCUAAUCUGGCGGCAUUUUUGACUGUAGAGACUCCAGUAAAGUCUUUCGAAAAUGUUGAAGAAUUAGCAAACGAGAAUCAUAUCAAAUAUGGAGCUAAAUAUGCAGGAGCCACGUUGAAGUUUUUCCAACAUAGCGAUCAUUCGACGUACAAGAAAAUGUACGACUAUAUGAUUGCAAAUAAAGAUGAGGUGCUACCAAAGGAAAACAAACAUGGUGUGGACAAGGUCAAAACCGAAGAUUAUGCAUUUCUAAUGGAAUCCAGUUCGAUAGAAUACAUAGUAGAACGUGAAUGCACAGUAUCCCAAGUCGGUGGGCUCCUUGACGAGAAGGGCUAUGGCAUUGCUAUGAAGAAAAAUUCACCAUAUCGAUCCAACUUCAACUCUGCAAUUUUAAAACUCUCAGAAAGCGGAUCUAUAUCGGAACUUAAAAAAAAGUGGUGGGAAGAAAAACGGGGCGGCGGCAAAUGUAAGGAGGAUGGUGGAAGUAAUUCAGCAGAGGAACUCGGUGUUCCUCACGUAGGAGGCGUAUUUUUCGUUCUAAGUAUUGGAGUCGUUUUAUCGUUUGUGUACACCAUUUUCGAGUUACUUUGGGAUGUUGCCCAAACGUCCAUUCGAGAAAAUGUGCCAUUCAAAGAGGAAUUGAUGAACGAAUUGAAAUUUAUUAUAAAAUUCAGUGGAUCUAAAUCGACGCGAAGAGGAAAUGGAGCCUCUAGCAAAAGUGAAAAUAACAGCACGAGAGAAUGUACACCUCCGUAUGGUUUUAUACCGACAGUAAUAACAACAUCACCGACUGAUGACAAAUAACGAUGGGACAAAUUUUGAAUAAGGUUAUCGUUUGCACAAAUUUAUUGCCCAUGCCCAUGAUGCUCAAGUAAAAUUAAUACGAGAGUCACAUCGUAAGCAUUUUAGGGCAUUUGCAUUGAACAAGAAAUCUUAAGAGAAGAAGAAUAUGAUACCUAUAUGCACACAAUAUAUAAUUUUCACAAAUAG